AUGGUAUCUAAUAAUAAAGAUGGUGUGAAAUUUGUGAUAGAACCAGUCUCUGAUGAUGACUCUCCAGAAUUAGAAAUUGAAAUUAACAAGGAUGGUGCCUUCAAAGUAAUAAAUUCAAAAUCUGGAAGCCAUGUGCAACCUGAUAACAGGGAUGAUGAAAUAGGAACAGACAGUGACAGUAACAUGCUAAGCCAUUCUCAUUAUCUAGUUGACAGCAUUUUGGACACAUUAGAAACAUGGGACAAGAAGGAAAUAGAAAAUGCUACAGAUAAUAGGGAAGAACAACAACUGAUUCAUAUGAGGGAGAAGAUGAAAAAUGGAAAGGCCAGGUUAGGAAACUUAAUAAGGGAAGCAAUUAAAUGCAAUUACAAAGUGACAGCCACUGAACUGGGAUGGUAUGAAUCUCCAAUAGCAGAAACACCAGCAAAACCAGGAGCAGAACGCAAAUGGACCAUCCAAAAAACAGUAGCAACAGAGGAACCUACUACUGAACCAACAUUAGCAGCAGCAGAACUAACAACAGAAGCAAUAGUUACAGCAUCAAAAACCAACCAACCAGAAUCAUUAGCAGUCACAGCAACAUCAGAAGCAGUAGUUCCAACAUCAAUAACCAAGCAACCAGAAUCACUGGCAUUCACUGCAACAGCACACAGCAGCAGCAGUGGUAAUAGGAGCAGUCAUAAUAUCAGAAGAAGGCAGCCACCCUUGAGAAGCCAGGAUUUUUGCUGGGGCAAAGCAGUGAACAACAGCACAUAA